CAGUCUUGCUUGGACAAGCAGGAACUCAUCAUCUGAAUCCGGCUGAAAGCGGUUUAUUUUAGAUUUUUCCCCACUUACCGAAAACAUCAACUUAGGAAACGCCGGACAAUAUCGUUUCUAUCGCCUUUGAAUUUACUGUACCUACCCAACGAUAGUGCUCAGGGAAAAGCGAGAGUAUUACCGUAUCUUACCCCGUGCGCGCGGAAAGCGGCUACGGGAAGUUGACUGGGCGUGCUACGCUAUCAAACAUACCUAAAUCGACAUUUAUCGACAGUUUUCUUUGAGUGGAAUGAGCUGCUGUUCACCCACCGUUUCUGUUGCACAAUGGAUGUCCGCUCUGUCUGCCUAAUUGCCCAGGCCACAACAAACCGUAACAGAUCUAGUCUAUUCAGAGGAUAGCAAUAGGCCCUCACUCCACCCUCUCCCUCAACGUUACACAUCAGUUUAGAGCAGAGCAGUGCAGAUUCACUCUGGUGUCUGAAUUGCUUUGAUUUGCUGGUUUAGCGAAGGGUGAAGGUCGGUCUGAGGCAGAAAACAGUUAUAGAAACACUAGUACCUCAAUUAUCUGGGGGUUAAAUAGAAAAAAUCAUCCAGUGUGCUGCUUUAUUUAUUUAUAUUAAAAUUGGUAAUCCUCCCUGUAAGAUUGUGAAUUUGUUGUCUAUAACUUAAAAAGCCAUCUACGCACAAUGGUGUCGACAACUCUGGCCACAAUAACGGUCAUGAGCACACUUGAGUACGCCGCUCAAAUAAAUCUCUCAGAUUAUCUAUGGCUCUUAGUGGUAGGCUUCCUCAUAGCUUUUAUCCUGGCAUUUUCGGUGGGUGCUAAUGAUGUUGCUAACUCGUUUGGUACGGCAGUGGGAUCGGGUGUGGUUACACUUAAACAGGCCUGUAUCCUUGCUACAAUCUUUGAGACUCUGGGCUCUGUGCUGCUUGGAGCCAAGGUCAGCGAGACAAUCCGCAAAGGCAUUAUUGACGUGACCAUGUACAACGGCUCGGAGCAUCUGUAUAUGGCUGGCUCAGUCAGUGCUAUGUUUGGUUCCGCUGCAUGGCAGUUGAUGGCCUCUUUUCUGAAGCUUCCUAUUUCUGGGACCCAUUGCAUCGUGGGAGCUACUAUUGGCUAUUCACUGGUUGCGAAAGGUCAGCAGGGAGUCAGAUGGUUCGAGCUUCUCAGAAUUGUUGCGUCAUGGUUCCUCUCUCCUCUCCUCUCUGGCAUCAUGUCUGCCAUUCUUUUCUACUUUGUUCGAAUGUUCAUCUUGCAAAAGAAGGAUCCAGUGCCCAAUGGUCUGAGGGCCCUGCCUUUCUUUUACGCUGUUACAAUGGGAAUCAACCUGUUCUCCAUCAUGUUUACAGGAGCACCGAUGCUGGGCUUGGAUAAGCUGCCCUGGUGGGGAGUGCUGCUCAUUUCCAUCGGCUUUGCCCUCAUCGUCGGCCUCAUCAUCUGGUUUGCUGUCUGCCCUCGGCUCAAGAAGAAGAUUGAAUGUAAAUUAAAGUCUUCCAGCCCCUCUGAAAGUCCUCUGAUGGAGAAGAGGGAACUGCAUGAAGUUCACAGUCCCAUCCUGAAACCUGUUCCUGAGGAGUCUUCGGCUCCCCUUUCCUCUAACGCUUCCCCACCCCCUCCUUCAGAGGAGCGCCGGGUCACCUUUAACAUUGGAGAUUCAGAUGACACCGAUCAGAAGGAUUGCAAAGAAUCAGAAACCGUUAAUGGUCCUAAGACGGCCCAUGUUCAAUUCACCAAUGGCCCAGCUCACACUCCUAGCAACGGUUACACUCAGUACCACACGGUUCACAAGGACUCUGGCCUCUAUAAGGACCUGCUGCACAAACUCCACCUGGCCAAAGUCGGAGACUGCAUGGGGGAAGGUGGCGACCGGCCCAUCCGCCGCAACAACAGCUACACCUCCUACACCAUGGCCAUCAUCGGCAUGCACGGAGACUUCAAGCCCAAAGAAGCUGACUUCCGUGCUUCGGAAGAUGGAGACAAGGACAAAGCCGGCACCCAGGAGAGGAAACGCAUACGCAUGGACAGCUACACAAGUUACUGUAAUGCAGUGGCAGAGAACGGAACACCUGAGGGCCUCGGGGAGGGUGAGGUCACCUUGGAGAUAAGAGAUGAUGAUGCCAGGAGCAGCCGUAUUUCUUUAGAAGAAGACCGAUCUGAUGCUGACAGGCCUGAGGUGUCAAUGCUUUUCCAGUUCCUGCAAAUUCUCACCGCCUGCUUUGGCUCUUUUGCUCAUGGCGGGAAUGAUGUCAGUAAUGCAAUUGGUCCUUUGGUUGCUCUGUGGCUGGUCUAUGACAGUGGUUCUGUAACAUCAAAUGCACCAACUCCAAUCUGGUUGCUGCUGUAUGGAGGAGUGGGCAUCUGUGUCGGUCUGUGGGUCUGGGGCCGUAGAGUCAUCCAGACCAUGGGCAAGGACCUGACUCCCAUCACCCCAUCUAGUGGUUUCAGCAUUGAGCUCGCCUCAGCCGUCACAGUUGUGGUUGCUUCCAACAUCGGUCUUCCAGUUUCCACCACUCACUGCAAGGUCGGUUCAGUAGUGGCAGUCGGUUGGCUGCGCUCCAGGAAGGCUGUGGACUGGCGUCUGUUCAGAAACAUCUUCAUGGCUUGGUUUGUCACAGUGCCUAUCUCUGGCCUUAUCAGCGCUGCCAUCAUGGCCUUGUUCACCUACGUCAUUCUGUGAGGCCUUUGAACUCCACUCUGCCUCCCUGUGCUCAUGAGGACCCCCACCUGCAACAAGGAGAACCAGAGAGAGGUGGAGGGUAUGAUCAUCCUCCCCAUCUCUUUGUCUCUAUCUGUACACCAUUCCCAAACCAUCUAUGUAAUGGGUGGGGAUUUAAAAAGGCCCCUUGCGAUAGAGCCUUGGUUGCAUCAUUCCUAGUCUGUAUUGAUGACCUUUGUGCAUUUCUGUACAUCACAUGCCAAAGGCUAUGGGAGAAAAUAUCUUUUUCAUAUCUAGAAUGGUUGCCAUCUAAAUUUCCUCUUGUGUAUAGUCAAAAAUCACCAUGUUUUAGUUUUUUUAUGUAAUUAUGUACAGAAUUACGUUUUUAAAGAACAAUCACAAUGCAGUAUUAGCCUUCAUUCGACAUGCAUUUUUUAUAGCAUUCAUAAUUUGCUGAGAGUUGCCUAGAGGAGCUGUGUUUAGGUGCAAAAUAAUUUGGGGAAAUUUUUUCCCCCUACUGUACAUUUGAUACUGUAUGCAUAUCCAGUUUUUCUCAAGUAGGGCAUGUGACUCAAAAAUGGAGCCUUAUUACACCCACAUGUUGGUAAGGAAAUUGGUUGUUCACAUCAUGCUCCUUGAUGUAAUUUCAGUGUCCUUUUCCAUAUUUCUUGGUUUAUUUUUAGUUCGUUUGUAGGGUACACUACAAAAACAGACCCCCUAAGCAGUCUCUGUAUUCCUCUGGACACAUUUAUAAAAGUUUUAGCUAUUCAAAAAGGCAGUUCAAUUGUUGUUGUUCUCUUAGACCUUUGUAAUUAUUUGUACUGUCUUUUAUGGUUUAUGGAAUAUCAAAAUAUCAUUUUCUGUACCACUAAAAUUAAGCUGUUAAUAUUUGCUUUGCCCAGCAUUUUUAACAAUAACAGCUACUAUUAAAACAGACCAGCACAGAAUGUGCAGAAUGCUCUGCUGUGUGUGCCCUGCCGUAAUUACUAUGCUAUUGGCGACUCCCUUAACUGAAAUGUGUCCCAGAAUGUUUGCUGUCAACAAUUGAACUACAUAUGGUGGAUUAUGUCCCUUUGUGCUCAGUCACCAUGUUCCACUGUUGUUGAAUACAGAUGAAGAGUUACUAGGAUACCCAAGAUCUUCUUUACCAAUGUAAUGCACCCUAGGCUUAUUGCAAGGGCCAAAGCUAUUGAUCAGUCUUUGAAUAAUUCUCAAAAAAGUCCCCCUGCCAAAAUAGUGCUGUUGUGUGGAGGAAUUAAGCAGUCGCUUGAUUUCAUUUAAGAAAUAUUACCCCAAAUUGCCUGAUUUUUUGGCAUUUAUUGCUUAAUGAACCUCUGAUAACAUUUAAAAACAACAAAUAAGCCUCUUUCCUCUGAGAGUAUUACAGUAAUACUUUGCGGUGGCACUUGCGAUGACAUCAAAAUCAGUACCUAAAAGGCAGCGAAUUAAACUUUGAAGAAUGGAGUGAACUUUACGCUGGAAAUGAAACAUUUACAGUUCUUGUAAAACUUGAUGGCAUCCAAUAAGAUGGUGUGGUUCAUCUGCUCCAGCCUUGUCAUACGCUAAUAAAAAUGUAGUAACGCUUCUGAGGAAUGUAUAUCAAUACAAACCCAGUAUACAUAUAUAUAUAUAUAUAUAGAUAUAGAUAUAGAUAUAGAUAUAUAUACAGGGUUGCUUAUGGCAACCCCUACAGCAACAGGAAUGACUUAACCUAUUUAAUAGAUAGGUGUGUUAAAAGAUACUUGCUGUCCUUCCCUGGGCAUGAGGAUCUGCACUGCUGUGAAGCCAUCAUUUGUGAGUGGUGAUUUUGGUUACUGAACUUAACAGAGUUAGACCUUAUAUAGUUGCUGUAGUUGCCUUAAGGUGUGUUUUUUUUCUUUUUUUUUUUUUUUUUUU